AUGUGCAAUGUCGUUGAAAUCGUUCCAGAUAAUCCUAUCGUCAUCAUGCGUUGGGAUGGAUAUCAACCGGAAUUACCAGCAAUCAUGUUAAAUUCACAUAUGGACGUAGUACUGUGGUUACCAGUAGUCGAAGAAAAAUGGUCAUAUCCUCCAUUCAGUGGUACAAUUACACCUGAUGGUAAAAUAUACGGUCGAGGUACUCAGGAUAUGAAAUCAAUUGGUAUCCAACAGUUGGAGGCUAUUCGACGAUUAAAAUCACGUGGAUGCAACCAGUUGCGUCGUACAGUUUACUUGACUUUUGUACCUGACGAGGAGUUAGGUGGUGUGAAAGGAAUGAAACCAUUUGUAUUGAAUCAUAAUGAAUGUAAUAAUCAUCAUUCCGAAGAAGUUAGAUUUCAAGAUAUGAAUAUUGGGCUUUGUUUAGAUGAAGGUAUACCAAGUUGUUCAGAGGAUUAUUUAGCAUUUUACGACGAACGUCGUCCAGUUUGGAUAAAUGUACAUUUUCAUGGUAAUGCAGGUCAUGGUCUGGCUUUAAUUGAAAAUACGGCCGCUGAAAAAUUCCGGAUAUUUUUAAAUAGGUAA